AUGGCAUCUGCCACACCCAUGCAGAUUCUUGGCACUACUGGUCUUUUUUUCACGGGUGCAUUAAUCAUGAGAGGCGCCGGCUGUGCGAUCAAUGAUUUAUGGGACAGGAACCUGGACCCGUAUGUCGAACGCACAAAAUUCCGGCCUAUUGCGCGAGGCGCCCUAUCUCCUAAGAAGGCAUUGAUUUUCACCUGUUCCCAACUUCUAGCCGGAUUAGCUGUCCUGCUACAAUUUCCCUCCCAGUGUCUCUGGUAUGGUAUUCCCAGCCUCCUGUUGGUGACGACAUAUCCUCUCGCCAAGCGCGUCACUUACUACCCUCAGGCUGUUCUGGGUCUCACAUUUUCAUGGGGUGCUAUCAUGGGAUUUCCAGCACUGGGUGUCGAUCUUCUUAGCAACCAUGCUGCUUUGGAAGCCGCAGCAGCCUUGUAUUCUAGCUGUGUUGCCUGGACAGUGCUGUACGAUAUGAUCUACGCACAUAUGGACAUCAAAGACGACGUCGCGGCGGGGAUCAAGUCAAUUGCCCUUCGGCAUGAGCAUAACACUAAGACAGUUCUUUCUGGUCUGGCAGCAGUUCAAGUAGCGCUGCUCGCUACUGCAGGAGUAGCAGCAGGUGCUGGACCCAUCUUUUUCGUCGGCACCUGCGGCAGCGCAGCCGUUUCUCUCGGUAUUAUGAUUUGGAAGGUCCAAUUGAAGAAUGUCAAGAACUGCUGGUGGUGGUUUAAGAACGGAUGUUUGCUGACUGGGGGCGGCAUCACUUUGGGGAUGUUCUCUGAGUAUAUAGCUCAAACCACUGGCCUGUAUAAAAGCGAUAAGAACUUACAUUAA